CAACACCGUUUGUCAGUUGAGUGAUUUUUUAUUUGUUUGGUUUGUCGUGAGCUCAGUGAUGUCUGCAAUUUUUGUCCAAAAACUAUGUGAAAAAGUAUGAAAUAAUUACCCAAGUGCACUCAUUUACGGUCAUAAGUGUCUGAUGUGGUGUUUGGUGAUAAAUUUAGUGGAGUGUUUUGAUUAUUUCAUGGGAAAAAAUCAAUGAGAAGACAGAGGAGAAAUGUCGGCCUCUGAAAUCGAAGACUUCUUGAACGGGCCUCUUGUUUCAUGGCUGGAAUCAUGUCUUCCACGUCCGGAGAUUCUGUCAGGAUAUACUUCUCUGUUGGAUGGUGCUAUCAUCAACAGUGUUGUGUUACAGAUAGAUCCAGAGCCUCAGCAUCAUUUGGUGAAGCUCAUUGGACUCGAUGGUGUCCUCCUGGCCAAUGCAAGAGCCCGAAAUUUUGAUGCAAUUGUUCGGAAUUUGCGAAAUCUCUAUGAAGAAGAAUUGUGUCAGAGGGUUCUCAUUUUGCCUGAUUGCAGUGUUUUAGGACACUCUCCAGAGACACCACAGGGAUUGGAACAGAUGAAAUUGCUCCUGAUACUGCUUCUUGGUGCCGCUGUUCAGUGUCCCAAUAAGGAGUUAUUUAUUGGACGGAUCAAAGAGCUCGAUCUAGAAACACAGCAUGCAAUUGUGGAGUUGAUAAAGCAAGUCACGGACAAUCAGAGUCUCGUGCUGACGAAUGAAUCGAUGGAGCAAUUAACGCCGGAUAUGAUGUACAAUCAUUUGUUGCGAGUGACCAAAGAACGCGAUCAAUACCACUCGAAUUGGAUAACGAGUUUUACAAUUGAAACGGAAGUGGCACACAAUAAUGGCCCACAGCGGAUUAAUUCAAUGUCACCAUCAUCUGCUGCCACGACAAAUGGUCCGGACAGUAAUCACAUGGUAGUGGAGUUGGCAGAUCUCAAAUCCAAGUUGCGAAAAUUGCGUCAGGAAUUGGAAGAAAAGUCCGAAGCAUUUAUGGAAGUGAAAGAAGAACUCGAGCAUAAGACGUCGCAAUAUGAGAAAUUGCGAACAGAAAGUCAAGAAUGGUAUACAGAGGCAAGAAGAUCAUCAGCAUACAGGGAUGAAGUGGAUGUUCUCAGGGAGAGAGCAGAAAGAGCUGAUCGUCUCGAGGUGGAAGUUCAGAAGCUCAGGGAGAAGCUCAGCGAUGCAGAAUUCUACAAGACGCGCGUUGAGGAGCUCCGUGAGGACAAUCGAACACUCCUGGAGACAAAGGAAAUGCUGGAGGAGCAAUUGCAGAGAGCGAGGAAAAGAAGUGAUCAUGCAAUGGUUCUCGAAUCAGAAAUCAUAAAAUAUCAGCAGAAGCUCAAUGACAUGGCUCUUGAGAGGGAUGUAGAUAAAAAUAAGCUGCAAGAACUUGUAGAUGAGAAUACGCAGCUUCAACUGGCCACGAAAAAUCUCACAGCUUUGUCAGAUCUCAAUCAGGAGACAUCAGAUCUUGAGGAGGAAAGUGUUUCGGCAGACAACAGUUUAUCUGGUCAAUUGACAAACAAUGCCCAAACGAGAGCAUUGCGUUUGGAAUUGGAGAAUAGACGAUUACUUGCCACACUGGAUGCCAUGAAAGAGUCCUCAUUUCAUGAAUCAUCCAAUAAAAUUCUCGAAUUGGAGAAGGAAAAGAAGAAGUUGUCUCUAAAGGUGGAGCAAAUGCAGGAGAAUUGCAAGAGGCAAGUUCAACAGAUUCAGGAAUUGGAGGAUGUUUUUAAGAAUGCCUUGGAGGAGAAUAAAAAGCUUCAGGAUAGUUUAGAUGCACGACAGCAGGCAAAUGAUAGACAAGUUCAGGAACGUGAAGCUGAUCGUAUGAAAAUUAUCGAUCUAGAGACGCAAAUUGAGACGCUGGUGAAGGAGAAACAACGAAUACAGAAUCUCAGUGACAGUAUCCAAAGGAGAGCAGAUGAUGUGGAACGAUUGUGUGACACAAAAACUCGGGAAUGUGAAUCUCUAUCGGAGAAAUUGGUGGACUUUGAUAAGACGAGGAAUCAAUUGGAUGAUCUGAGGGAAAAGCUAAACACGAUGGAGAAGGAGAACAUCAAUUUCACGAAAGAGGUUGUAAAGCUUAGAGAAAGUUUAGAGGAGAAAGACAAACAAUUGGAUAGAAAUAGCAGUGAAAUUGAGAGUCAUCGCAAGGAGAUGCAGAGAUUGCAUGGAGAACUGGCAGAAAAGUCGGUAGAAGUGAAGAGAAUCGCUGAAUUGGAAAAGCAAAACAAUGAACUGAUCUCUCAGGGGAAAAUUGAUGCUGAGACAAUUGCUACACUCCAGAGAGAUUUGGUGAAUGGAGCCCUGGUGUCCAAUAAGGUGAAACAGGGCCUGGAGAAAUUGGGUCUCGAUGAUACCGUGUUGGACAAUUCGGAUUUCAAUGUGGAGAAUGUUGUGGAGAAAUUGGUGAAGAAUCCCGAAACCUUUAGGACUGUCAAGGAGUUUAUGUUGCACGUUGGCAAGGAGACAACAUCAUCGGAUAUGUGUGUUUUGUGUCAUCGUAAGGAGAUCUUUACGGUGGAGAAGGAAAUUGAGAUAAAUAAUGAUUGUGAAGUUGAUUUGAUCAAUCAAACGGAAGAAGUUGUAUCAUCGGUAAGUGCUCAGUGGAAGAAGCAAUGUGAUCAUUUGUAUACGGAAAAUUCGAACUUGAAAGCUCUCAAUGAGCAGCUGGAGGGUGAAAAUGCAAGGCAGAAAGUUGCCUUGGCGACAUCUGAAUCCCAAAUGGGAUCACUCAAUAGUCAAUAUGUGGCACUGCAAGUGACCAAUUCGCAGUUGACAGCAGAGAAGGAAUCACUGAUGAAACAGAUGGAUAUCUAUAAGCAACGCAAUGAAUCUCUACGACAUGAUCUAAUGUCGCUUCAAUCAAUGCUGGAGCAGUCGAAUUCGGAGUAUGAGUCUUCCCGGUGCGAAAAUAAGGAUUUAAAGACGACAAUACGGGAUCUCAAGGCGGAAAAUCGGGAUUUGCGGGAGCGAUUGUUUGCCCUGGAGAAGGAUAUGAAGGAACUCGAGGCUGAGAGUAAAUCCACAAAGUCUGAUACGAUGAAUCUCACGAAUUUGCGAGCGGAACAUUCGAAGCUAAAGGAGGACUUUCGGAAUCUCUUUACGCAGAACGAUCGGAUGAAGCAACAGUAUAAGACGAUGCAGGAACAGUAUCGGAGCAUGAGGAAUGAAAAUGGACGGUUGAUGUUGCAGAAUACGGAACUCAAGGGAGAACUGAGCAGUAGGAGUGAUCAUGCCACGGGGCUGGAGAUUGAAUUGGCCAAAGUGCAGCAACAGUGUGAUAUGUUGGUAAAGGCCAACAGUGAUUUGGACACGGAUCGGCAAAAGUUGAUGGACAAUGUUUCACAGCUUCUGUCGCAGUAUCAUGAGUUGAUUGUGAUGUCGCAGCAGGAUCGGCAGCACUAUCACGAAGAGGAAAAAUGCUAUACGGACAAAUUAAAUAGUCUGUACAGACAAAAAGAGCAGCUUGAAGAAAAGAUUAUGGACUAUUUCAAGAAGAUGGACAAUUGUGCUCCAAAAAAGAAGCCCUUUGGUUCAAAUCUUGUGAAGAGAGUGAAAAAAGCCGGAACUGACAUUAUGAAUCGUGUACCAAACAGAUUUCAGUACCGGAAGUCAUGGAUUGAUGACAGUCGACUUACACAGAGUCAGCUGAUUAUGGGUUCAGAGUCUGGUGGCAAUGAUUCUGACAAUAGCACUGAGGAACCCAAUUCGGUGUCCUCAGACACUACACUUCUCAGUCGCUACUCAAAUUCCCGACAGAGUCUUCAGAGAAAACCCAGUGAUAAUUGUCGCGAGUCUCCAUUGACACGGGGUGGAGUACGGAGUAGUUUGCAGACGACAUCGCCAAGGCGCGAUGAGGUCAACCGUGCAAAUAGAAAUAGUCUUCAUAUGCUCGAUGGAACAUCUGUGGGCCCGGACGUGACUGUGGCGGCUCUGGGGACGGCAGGAAGUCGCCGAACGGUAUAUUUGGUGGACGAUGGUACUAAAUUGCCAGAGGCUACGCCAUCACCGAGUCACUCCCAGUCAUCAGCAGGCGGAAGCAGUGGGGCCAAUUGCUCAAACAGCGGCGACAAUGGUACUCAUCAAUCUUCUGGUAAUCCAUCGACACUCCUCAUGUACAAUCGAAUUUCAAAUGUUAUCGGGGGUGAUGUUGUAUCCAUGGGAGCUUCAUCUGGCAACCAAAUGCUAAAUAGUGGGUCAGAUAAGGCAAAUCAUCGGGACAAUGGCAAAAAGAGACCACCGAGUGAGGAGAAGGACAAAGAACCGGCCAUUUGGUAUGAAUAUGGAUGUGUUUGAGAAACAAACGGAAACAACGCGGAGCAAGGAGAGGGCAAAGAGGUAAUCAAAAGCAAACAAACAAUAGAAACGCAAGUAUUACUUAACAUUUUGACGCGUUCUUAGACAUUAAUAGGACAUAAAAUAGCAAUUUUUUUUUAAUAGAAACACAGGAUUCUUUCGGCAAAAUUGCCAGAGAAAAGAUAAUAAUAAUUUGUUUGCCUUGGAGAGAUUGUUGCUUAACAAUUUUUUGUAGAACUUUUUUUACACAAAAAAAUAAUAGAUGAUAGUAUUUAAGCAGAGGAUUUUUUCUAGAAAUAGAAUAAUUAAAAAAAAAGUAAACGGGGAACUAAUUAGUUUCCCGAUUGCGGAAUUUUUGUAAUAAGCGUGUUACUAAAAUUAGGCCUUAAUGAAGACGAUAGAUUUUCUAAAGAAGUUCUUUCUCACUCAACCAGUAAAUUAUUGGGCACUUUGUCGAUUACUUAAUAAGAAGCACAUUUCGCACUUGAGAAAAUGUAAUGGCUUAACUUAUUUUGCACAAUUUUCAGGAUAUAUAUGAUGACCAAUUCAUGACUUAUUUGAGAGUUUUUUGCCCAUUCGACGCAGACUUGAACCAUUUAUUAAUCAAGAAAAUUAUUUAAAAAAAAACUACAAUUUAAGCGGUCUUCUGUAGCGGAAUUCUGUAAUUUUCGUGACAUUGUCACGCGUGAGUUCGAAACCUGGCAAUGCCAAUCGAGCUUUUUUUUUGUCAUAUGAUAUGAGUUCGAAAAUGCAAUUCACUGAUUUCUUAAUGAAAUGCCUUUACUUAGUGAUAUUAUGCAAAUACAGUCUGUCUUGGUUGGUUUGUUUAACAACUUUCAUUGUCAUUUAAAUUGCCAGAAAUCUCAAAUAUGUUACAUCUGACAAUGUCACGUGAGCUGAAAUGGCAAUGCCACGGCUACAGAAUCACAUUUUCGAAAAAGCUCUCCUGAGAUUCAAACCCAAUUUGUCAUUUGGCAUUGCCAGAGCGUUACAGAAUUCCCCUCCUGUAGGGGAAUUCUGUAAUUUUCGUGGCAUUGUCACGCGUGAGUUCGAAACCUGACAAUGCCAUUCGAAUUUUUUGUCAUAUCAUAUGAGUUCGAAAAAAGAAUUCAUUGAAUUUUUAAUGAAAUCCCUUUACUUGAUUAUUUUACGAAAAUACGGUACGUCUUGGAUGAUUUGUUUAACAAAGUUCAUUGUCAAUUAAAUUGCCAGAAAUCUCAAAUAUGUGACUUCUGACAAUGCCACGUGAGCUAAAAUAGCAAUGUCACGGCUACAGAAUCGUAUUUUUGAAAAAGCUCUCCUAAGAUUCGAACCCAAUUUGAAGAUUCAGUAGCCGUGAAAUUGCCAUUUCAGCUCAUGUGGCAUUGUCAGAAGUCACAUAUUUGAGAUUUCUGGCAAUUCUGUCAAUGAUCUUUGUUAAACAAAUCAACCAAGACGUACUGUAUUUUCAUAAAAUCAUUAAAUAGAGGGAUUUCGUUAAAAAUACAAUGAAUUGCAUUUUCGAACUCAUAUGAUAUGACAAAAAAAGCUCGAAUGGCAUUGUCAGGUUUCGAACUCACGCGUGGCAAUGCCAUGAAAAUUACAGAAUUCCCCUACUGGUCUAAGAUUUAUUCAUAUGGAUUAUCUAGUGGAGUUCCUGAAUGACAGCGGUUAAAUUCAAAAUGUAAAAUUUGAGAUUAAGGGCAGAAUCACAUUGACAAUAAAAUGCUCGCCGUAGUCUCACCGUAUUUCGUUAAUUUACGCAUUUUCAUUGCAAUUCUUACGCAAAUUUUCCAUUAGCGUAUUACCUUAUCUCAUACUCGGUGGCACUAGGUAAAAAUAAUAUAAGAAAAUUGAAGAAAUAAAACGAAAAUUCGCUAAACUAUGAGCAAAGAAAACUGUAUACGAGAAAUUAAUCGUAUCGAUACACUUUAUUUGGUAUUAGCGGUAUUACAAUGUAAUUAUUACAAUGUAUUCCGUGUUGGAAGAAUCUGGAUAUCGUAGAUCGCACAGGAACGCCUUCCCUUGAAUGCUCCUGAAGUUUUUUGGGCAGAGGCGGUGCAUUUUUAUAACGUUUUAUCACAUGUGAAAUUGUCUUUUAUUAUAGACAUUAAGUUGCUUGCACCGGGCGGAAUUCGAACUCACAACUGUGAGAUUCGAGUCAAAGAUCUCAUUUGCCCAAGACCCAACGGUCAUGCCUAUUGUGCCACAGAGAUCCCCGGAUAUGAAUGAAAUGUUCGCUAGAACACUCUCUAAAACAUAUCCAAACAUGAAAUGCAUCGAUGGUCUGCUUCUUAAGAUAUUCCUAAAAGAGUGGUUUCUGGAGGGGAAGGAUAAAUCAACUUAUGGGGGGAGGAGGGGCAUUCCAAGUCUCAUCAGCUUGUCCAGAAAAUGAGUUAGAACGAUUUCUUUUCAUUUCAAAAUUCUUGCAAAAGUGGAUGAAUAAAAAAAGUAAAUUAUCCAAAAAGUUUCUUCUAGAAUUUAUACUCUUUGAGACCUUCUAGCAAACAGUCCAUGUGCGAGCAUCGUGGGCUACUCCAGAUUCCAGCAGUAGAUAGCCAAAAAUUACGUUGCAAAAAGUGUCUUUUUCGACAUAAAUGGUUCUGGCUAAAAAUAGUUUAUCCAUAGCAGAUUAAGUAUACCAGCAGGGGCCCAUCAAGCCUAAUAAAAAGUGAAGCUAUUUUACACUUCUCCUUGUAAAAUUUUUGCAGAUAUUGCACCGCGACUUAAACAAAUUUGCUCGUAGUUCUUGCAUUAUUUCGGCGAACAUUAUGAAAUAUAUAUUUUUAAAUAGCUUUUAAUGCACGAUUUCGAAAUAUAUCAGAUUGAUAAGUCAAUUCUCUUUAGGAAAAAACUUGCCGAUAGUCUUCAGUGUCUUUAUGCAAAAACUUUUAUAGAAAAAUGAAAUGUCAAGAGGCCCCUGAUACCAGAUUCUAAAAGCUAAUGAGGCAAGCUUUCCAACAAUAGUUCACUCAUCCAAUUAUAUUCAUCAGGAACUGAGAUAUACCACUCUAAACUUUCGAUCUUUUUCGAACUUUUGAUCUCUAAACUUUCGAUGACAGAAUAUAUGUACUCUUCUAAUGUCAGCACAACCUACAAUUUGUUUUAAAAUGAAAUUUAACAAACUACAUCAUGAAAUAAUUCGGUAGAAUAGAACAUACAAAAUAAUACUCAUUUCGUAGUGCUAAGAACUCAUAUUUGUCUUGAAUUGGAUAGGAAUUGAGCGCGCUCCAUCACGUAAUGGUAAUCGAUUUCUUUUUUGAAUCUGUUUGGGCUUUAGCCAAUCAACCAUUUUCCGUAUAUUUUUCAAAAUUGUGCAUUAGGAAGCGAAAUAAUCAUCACAGCAUUUCAUGCUCGAUUUUAAUAAUUGUGAAAUAUAAUUGUUGAUAUUUUAUAUUAUUCACUGAUCAUUUCGAACUUCUUAGUAAUAUUUUUCAAUUAUACUUACCAAAAUAAUUUUUUUACUUAAUAAAUUGCUUAUUACUCUGAAAGAAAAGUUUGUGAAACAAUUAGAUUUCGUUUAAAUUUUGUCAAAAUGGUAUUAUUUCUCAAUUUAACAAAACUUUUUCUAACCUUUUGUAUGCAGAAAUAUUCUUUCGACAAACUUUAAACAAAAAAAUGACAAACGUUUUUUUAAUUAUCAAAAAAUGGAAUGACAUAGAUUUACAAUAAAAUUGUAAAAAAAAAUUAUGCCGAUUAAUUAGUGAAAUUUAGUAAUUUGUUUAAUUGAAUAUACAAAAAAUAACAACUUCAAAAAAAUAGAUUGGCCGUCACAUUUUAACAAGUGCGAUAUGUGAAAUUUGCGCUGAAAAUGUAAAAGUUCUUCUUUCUUAUUUGCCUUGGUAAUGUGUCAUUUUGGUCAGGAGCAGCACAUACCACGCUAAGUUUCCUAUUUGAAGCUUAUUUGAGAGGAAUUAGUGAACCUAUGAAUAGAAAAUGGCACAAUGCCAUGAGGAUAAAAAACGUAUUGGAAGAUAAAGUGUCAUGUUGUACACUCCGUCGCAAUGACAGUAAUUAAUUUCACUGCAAAUUAUUCCUUGCACUUGCCGCAAAAGCCCCAUGGCUUCCCGUGUAAUUUAUGUAUUUGAACAUUUUGGCAAUUUUUCUUGCCAAUUUGUUGCAAUUAAAAUUCAGUCAUGUUUUUUUUUUGUGGGAUGAAUAGCAUGAUACAAUGCAACUUUAUUUGUCUCUAAUAUGAAGCUUAAUUGAGUGAAACAUUUCUAUCAUUUUCCCUACAUCGUAUGAACUAUUCUCUUUUUUCUACAUAAGAUUCUCCUACAAUUAAUAUUUUAUAAAUAUUUUUCCUUCAAUUUAUCGUUCAGUAAUUUUUUUUGUACAAAAGACAUCUUACACGUCUAGAAAUAAAAUUUAUAAAGAAGAGUCAAAAA